UUGGGGGACCUUGGGGUCAUGGAAAUGGUUGGUAUGCUUUCUUGUUUCUCAUUGGCUAAAAUUCAACAAAAGUGUCCUCGACUCAGCAUAUCAUUGGCCGGCUCUCAGUCCUCUUCACCCCUCUGAUAACUAAAUAACAGUAACAGUAAAUAACAACAGCGACUCAUCUGUGAGAACGACAGAACGAACGAGAGAGAAAUGAAACGUGGAAUCAAGUCAGUUUGUUCCCGUUAAAGAGUCGUUCCUUCGAACUGAUUUGUUUGCAAACGACCCAUCUUUACUGAGUAUUGGACUUCCUCAGAACCAGGCAGUAAAGACACCAUGUUUACUUAACUGGUAAAAGCAAAAGUCACUAAAACAGUGACAGUAAUAUAAAAGUAUAUUUUGAAUUUACUCACAGUGAGUAAUGCAAGUAUCAGGCAGACUGAUCAUUGGAUCCAAUAUUCAAAUUGUAUUAUAAUCAUCAUCAUCAGAGUCAGUGUUUAUUUUUAUUUUUACUGCUGAUAAAUGACUGAUGAGGUUUUAAGUGAGGCAGUGAUCGGGUUCACAGAGCCGCUCCUGGAUCAAAGGUCGACAGCCACUCCCUCCUCUCUCUAAUCUCAAACACAGCCGCUCUGUUCAUGUGUUUCCCUGUUCCCUCCCCUUCACAUCUACAGUCUGAGGAACCAGCGCUGCAGUGAAGAGCAGCAGUGUUGCACGUACGCGGCUAUUAGAUCGAAACUCGAACUAGUUUAAGCUCUAAAAGAAGGUGAAACUCAGACAGCUGUUGCUACUGAAAAGGUGAAAUGGCGCAGAAAGGACUUGGGCUGGACGGGGAAAUGAUUUCCUGUUCGAUCUGUCUGGAUCUACUGAGGGAUCCGGUGACUAUUCCCUGUGGACACAACUACUGCAUGAACUGUAUUGAAUCCCACUGGGACACAGAGGAGGAGAAGCGAAUCCACAGCUGCCCUCAGUGCAGGAAGACCUUCGCACCGAGGCCUGUCCUGCUGAAAAACACCAUGUUAGCGGAGUUAGUGGAGGAACUGAAGAAGACUGGAGUCCAAGCUGCUCCUGCUGAUCGCCGCUACGCUGGACCCGAAGAUGUAGCCUGUGAUUUCUGCACUGGGAGAAAACUGAAAGCCCUCAAGUCCUGCGUGGUCUGCCUGGCGUCUUACUGCGAAGGACACCUCCAGCCUCACUACGAAUCACUGACAUUUAAAAACCACAAGCUGGUGAAUCCCUCCGAGAAGCUCCAGGAGAACAUCUGCUCUCGUCACGACGAGGUGAUGAAGAUUUACUGCCGCACCGACCAGCAGUGCAUCUGUUAUCUCUGCUCCAUGGAUCAACACAAAGGCCACGACACAGUUUCGGCUGCAGCAGAGAGGACCGAGAGGCAGAGAGAGCUGGAGGGGACUCGACAAAACAUCCAGCAGAGAAUCCGAGACAGGGUGAAAGACGUGAAGGUGCUUCAGCGAGAGGUGGCGGUUAUAAAUCGCUCUGCUGAUAAAGCGGCGGAGGACAGCGAGAGGAUCUUCACCCAGCUGAUCCGUCUCAUGGAGCAACGACGCUCUGAUGUGAGGCAGCAGGUCAGAUCGCAGCAGGAAGCUGAACUGAGUCGAGUCAAAGAGCUUCAGGAGAAGCUGGAGCGGGAGAUCGCUGAGCUGAAGAGGAAAGACGCCGAGCUGGAGCAGCUCUCACACACCGAGGAUCACAACCGGUUUCUACACGACUGCCCCUCAAUUUCGGCACUCAGGGAGUCCACACACUCAUCCAGCAUCAACAUCCGUCCUCAGAGGUACUUUGAGGAUGUGACAGCGGCUGUGUCAGAGAUCAGAGACAAACUACAGGACGUCCUGAGACAGAAACGGACAGACGUCUCACCGACAGAGACCAAAGUGGGCGUUUCACCGUCAGAGCCCAAAACCAGAGCUGACUUCUUAAAAUACUCCCGUGAAAUCACGCUGGAUCCGAGUACGGCCCCCUCGCACCUGUUGUUAUCUAAGGGGAACCGAAAGGCGACGAGAAUGAGGGAGCAACGGUCUCACUCUGACCUCCGAGACAGAUUCACUAGGCCGUGCCACGUCCUGAGUAGAGAGAGUCUGAUCGGCCGUCGCUACUGGGAGGUGGAGUGGACGGGAGCAGGAGGGGUUUGUGUAGCAGUCGCGUACAAGAAUAUCGGCAGAGCAGGGCGGUCGCAUGAGUGUAUAUUCGGAAGAAAUGACAAAUCUUGGGGGUUGUAUUGUGGCGGCAACAGUUACUCCUUUUGGUACAAUGAUGUCGAAACUCCCGUCUCAGGUCCUCCGGCCUCCAGAGUCGGGGUGUACCUGGAUCACAGUGCAGGUGUUCUGUCCUUCUGCAGCGCCGGUGAAACCACGACCCUCCUCCACAGGGUCCAGACCACGUUCACUCAGCCUCUGUAUGCUGGACUUUAUGUUCGCUCGUAUGGAGACACCGCUGAGUUCUGUGUACUCAAACAGACAGAAGUCACGAUGAUGACUCUUUAAAUUCAACGCAAUUUUUCUGCAUUGAAUUGUAAAUGUGCUCUAAGUGUUUGUUGAGUAUUUGUGUUACGUUGUUUCUCCUCCCACCGCUCGAGACAGCAGCAGAGCUUCCAUCAUGGAGUUGUUUUUGUUCUCACCACUUUGUACGAUUUUUUAAAAGAAAUUUAAAUGAAUUGUUUGGCAGACCACAUGUUGCUGUUUAAAUCAGUGGAGAAAGGAGACUCCAUGAGGUCUAAGGAAGCCAAUAACUUUUUCAUUCUAAUCAUUAUUUUCCUGUACAAAGCUGAGAUCCUGCUCAGACAAACUGACCGUGUGGAGGAAGUGAAUCUUCUAACAGACUCUACUGAUGAGAUGAGUUAACAAACUGAAGGUUUAUAACGAAUAAAUAAACAUGAACAAAGUGUUUUUUUUACGUUCUAGCUCUGUCACCUCACAGCCAGACAAUCCCAGACUUCAUUCAAACUUACUCAUUUUCUCCAGGGUGUCAUCUGAUAAUCCAAGAGUUUUUUUUUUAGUGUAUCCUUAAUUGGCAACAGAGAAAAGCAUCCAAACAGUCCAAUUAGAGCUCCUGGCAACUGGGAUUGAUUCACUGAUGCUGGUUAUUAAACUGUUUCCAGUAUAUAGAACUUCCUUUGGAACCACUUUGGUCCUGCGAGGAAGGUUUGUUUCAGUUUGUCGUCAUGAGGAUGUUUUUAACUUAUUAUUUUCAGUGUAUCUUAACAGUUUUUAAAUGAGAAACAUAUGACGUCGUGAGUCAAAACGUUAAACGUUAUUUGUCAAAAUAUCGUAUUAUAUUUUUCAUAUCAAUGAUACUUUUAAGGGCUCAGAAAAGUUUCACAAUUCUCGUUGUGUUGUCCGAAUGUAUUGUGCAGUCGUUGGCAUCACUCGAUUGUUGUUUUCUCACCUCCAUAAAAUGUAAUUCUGAGUUUUAAGGCAAUAAAAAUCUGCUAAAAAGAA